GGGGUUCAUUGAAGAAAUGUAUACUCCUCCAGAACAAAGGGCCGAAUCUCAACAGCUCAUUCCAACUUCUACACCAAAUCCAAGGCAUAGCAAAUCACACUUGGACUUAGAAAAGUUUUUAGGCUGGCUGGCGUAGUGCUAGAACAAACAAAUUUAAUAGUGUCUGCCGCUAAAAGCAAAAGUUUUUCAACACCCACGUGAUAAAUUGCGAUCAUUCCCCUGUUAUGUUGAGCAAAAAUGAUUUGCCUGUUUAUUCUGUCUAGAAGUCUCAGCUUCUGUUUAUUUACUGAUUAGAGAUCUAUCAAUUUUAGUAGUGUAUACUCUUCUGAAACUUAAUCAAUUACACAAACCCAAAAGUAGAAUUCGAUAUAAAUGGACUCUUAAAAAUACCUGUGUUAUGUUGGUUUUGCUUUGAAUCCCCAUUCUUCAACACUCUUUAAUUGGUAUGUCCUCCAAUCCCAAUCUCUGAUCUCAUUUUUGCAUGUGCAUUUGAUCUGACAUUUGUUUCCGAGUUUCCUUUUUGAGAUCUGGGGUUUCUUUUAGUUGAUUAUAAAAUGGAAAGUUUUGCAUUUUCGUUCUUUUUGUUGUGAAAAAGGAAAUGGGAUUUUUCAGGAAUUACAUUGAGGCGCGUGGAAUCUAGUUAUAUCAUGAAAUGUGAUAUUGGUCUUGGUGGAUCUUUGAGUUUUUCGAUAUUGUAGGUUGAUCUGGUUCGUUGGCAACGUGCUGCUGGAGACUAGUUUUUUUCUACAAUCGGCAAUUCUCAACUUUCUACAAUCAAGUAUUACAAUUUCGGGAAAAUUCAACAUUUUUUUUGGGGUUUGAUUUGGACUUUCAAUUCUUCUACAUUGUUCAGUUCUGUGAAUUGUUGACCCGUAAUUAGAUUUGAAACCUGAUUGUCCCGUUCUAAUUUUCUCGGUUUUUGGUAAUGUGAGAAAGAUCUGUUUUUGUUAUUGGAAGAAAAAGUGUAGAGGGGAAAAUCUGAGUGCUUGUAGGUGUUGUACGGACUAAUGGCAACUUAUAUAGAAGCUCAUAUUUUAUGAUAUGUUAUGGCUUUGGUUGUUCUGGGAAAAUAAUGUGAAAAGGCUUGGUUUUUUAGUGCAUUUUGAAACUCGGUUUGUUAGUGUCACAAAGUUUGGGACAUGAGAAGUUCCUGGUUCAAUAAACUUUCUGUCAUUGUUGUGCCUAGACCGCCAUUCAGUUGGUUGUUAUUAUGCCUUAUUAUUAUUGUUGCACUUGUUACCGUCUUAGGAUCAUCAUCUUCAAAUACCUUUGACUUGGUAACUUCAACUCAAAAACCUGAUAUAUAUACAAACUAUUGGAGGCUAAAUGAGCAAGCUGCAGUUGAUUACUUGGAGCUUAGUACUCUCUCAUUGGUUGGACCCAAGGAGUAUGACCUUUGUGGCAAAGAGAGAGAGAAUUUUGUACCAUGCUACAACGUGUCAGCAAAUUUGUUGGCUGGAUUUCAAGAUGGGGAGGAGUUUGAUCGGCAUUGUGAAAUUUCUAGAAUAGAUCAGCGGUGUUUGGUACGCCCCCCAAAGGAUUAUAAGAUCCCCUUAAGGUGGCCCACUGGCAGGGAUGUGAUAUGGAGUGGAAAUGUGAUUACAAAAGAUCAAUUUCUCUCAUUUGGAAGUAUGACGAAAAGAUUGAUGUUACUGGAAGAGAAUCAAAUUGCAUUUCACUCCGAGAAUGGAUUGAUUUUUGAUGGAGUCAAAGUUUACUCCCGCCAAGUGGCAGAGAUGAUAGGUUUGGGAAGUGACUCUGAAUUUCAUCAAGCUGGUGUUCACACCAUACUGGAUAUUGGUUGUGGAUUUGGAAGCUUUGCAGCUCAUUUAGUGUCAUUGAAGCUAUUGGCUAUAUGUGUCGCAGCAUAUGAAGCCACAGGUAGUCAAGUCCAAUUGGCCCUUGAGAGAGGUCUCCCAGCUAUGAUUGGAAACUUCAUCUCAAGACAACUUCCGUAUCCAUCAUUGUCAUUUGACAUGGUUCAUUGUGCUCAGUGCGGUAUCAAUUGGAACCAAAAAGAUGGAAUAUUCCUUGUAGAAGUGGAUCGAUUGCUUAAGCCUGGAGGUUACUUCGUUUUAACCUCGCCUGCAACCAAGCCACAUGGAAGUUCACUGACUAUGAAGAAGAGAACCAUGCUAAAGCCAAUGCAAGAAUUCGCUGAAAAGAUUUGCUGGACUCUGAUGGCCCAGCAAGAUGAGACAUUCAUUUGGCAGAAGACUGUGGAUUCUCUUUGCCAUUUAUCUAGACAGGAGGCUAUUCCACUUUGCAAAGAAGGACCUGAUGCUGUAAAAUAUUAUCAGCCCCUCGUGCCCUGUAUUAGUGGGACAACCAGCAAACGCUGGAUUCCCAUUCAGAAGAGAUCUGCUGGGUCCCAGUUGAGCUUAGCUGAGCUUGAAGUUCAUGGUGUUCAGCCUGAAGAUUUCAAUGAAGACUUACAGGUCUGGAGUAAAGCUCUGAAAAAUUAUUGGUCUUUGCUUACACCGUUAAUUUUCUCUGACCAUCCUAAGAGGCCUGGUGAUGAAGAUCCAUUACCUCCAUUUAACAUGAUCCGUAAUGUAAUAGACAUGAAUGCUCAAUAUGGGGGUUUAAAUGCUGCAUUUCAGGAAGAGAAAAAAUCUGUGUGGAUGAUGAAUGUUGUGCCUGUUACAGCUCAAGAUACACUUCCUCUCAUACUUGAUAGAGGCUUUGCUGGUGUUUUGCACGAUUGGUGUGAACCCUUCCCAACAUACCCCCGAACAUAUGACAUGAUUCAUGCAAAUGGGCUCCUCUCCCACCUCUCUGAGAAAGUUUCUCCAGAGAGGUGUGACACAGUGGACUUGUUUUUGGAGAUCGAUCGGAUACUACGCCCUGAGGGAUGGGUAGUCAUUUCUGACAAUUUGGGAGCUAUAGAGAUGGCACGCUCACUUGCUACACAGAUGCGCUGGGAAGCAAGGGUGAUCAACCUGCAGAAUGGCAGUGACCAGCGACUACUUGUUUGUCAAAAACCGUUUGUGAAAAAAUGAUUGAUUAGCAGCAGGUCUCACCAUACAACAUGUACACACCUUUUUGGCUCUGGUAAUCAGUCCAGAAAGAAUGGAGUAUUAACUGUAGGCGAUAAUGGCGUUAUUUGGUCGUUAUUAUUGCCAUAGCAUGAAUACUUUGUCUGUACUAACUUGUGAUUGCAGCACAUGCCCAGGGUGUUGACAAAGAUCAUUACAACAAGCGAAGCUGUAGAUUAGAAGGCAGAUUUGCUGCACAACACAAAGCUGCCGCAAUUCAUUUUAUUUUUCUGUCAAUGCGCUUGUAGCAAUUCAUUCAUGCAAUUUUUUUGGCAAUUUUUUGGUUUCUUUACUUUUUCUUUUAUAUUGGACAGAAGAUUAAAAACUACUUGUAGCUAUGGAAUGUCAUAGCUACAUUUAUUGUAACUCUCCCUCUCUCAAAGUGCAAAAGAGACAUUUACCA